CAAAGAGGAAAACAUGGCGGAAAACAAAGGCGGCGGCGAGGUUGAGAGCGGCGGCGGGGGCAGUGGCAGCGCGCCGGUAACUGCCGGGGCCGCCGGGCCCGCGGCGCUGGAGGCGGAGCCGCCUCUUGCCGCGGUGCUUGUGGAGGAGGAGGAGGAGGAAGGCGGCAAGGCCGGGGCGGAGAGCGGCGCGGCUGGGCCCGACGACGGGGGGGUGGCCGCGGCCUCCUCGGGCUCGGCCCCGGCUGCCUCAGCCCCUGCGGCCUCAGCGGGCCCCGGAGUUCCCGGGGGGGCGGUGUCGACGCCGGCCCCAGCUCCAGCCUCUGCUCCCGCUCCGGGUCCCUCGGCUGGGCCGCCGCCUGGACCGCCAGCCUCGCUCCUGGACACCUGCGCCGUGUGUCAGCAGAGCCUGCAGAGCCGGCGUGAGGCGGAGCCCAAGCUGCUGCCCUGUCUUCACUCCUUCUGCCUGCGUUGCCUGCCCGAGCCGGAGCGCCAGCUCAGCGUGCCCAUCCCGGGGGGCAGCAACGGCGACAUCCAGCAAGUUGGUGUAAUACGGUGCCCAGUAUGCCGCCAAGAAUGCAGACAAAUAGACCUUGUGGAUAAUUAUUUUGUGAAAGAUACAUCUGAAGCUCCUAGCAGUUCUGAUGAGAAAUCAGAACAGGUAUGUACUAGUUGUGAAGAUAAUGCCAGUGCAGUUGGCUUUUGUGUAGAAUGUGGAGAGUGGCUAUGUAAGACGUGUAUAGAAGCACAUCAGAGAGUAAAAUUCACUAAAGAUCACCUGAUCAGGAAAAAAGAAGAUGUUUCAGAGUCUGUUGGAACAUCUGGUCAGCGCCCUGUUUUCUGCCCUGUACACAAACAAGAACAGUUGAAACUAUUCUGUGAAACAUGUGAUAGACUGACAUGUAGAGACUGCCAGCUAUUGGAACACAAAGAACAUAGGUAUCAGUUUUUGGAAGAAGCUUUUCAAAAUCAGAAAGGUGCAAUUGAGAAUCUACUGGCUAAGCUUCUUGAAAAGAAGAAUUAUGUUCAUUUUGCAGCCACUCAGGUGCAGAAUAGGAUAAAAGAAGUUAAUGAGACUAACAAACGAGUAGAACAGGAAAUUAAAGUGGCCAUUUUCACCCUUAUCAAUGAAAUUAAUAAGAAGGGAAAAUCUCUCUUACAGCAGCUAGAGAAUGUUACAAAAGAAAGACAGAUGAAGUUAAUACAGCAGCAGAAUGACAUCACAGGCCUUUCCCGGCAGGUGAAGCAUGUUAUGAACUUUACAAACUGGGCAAUUGCAAGUGGAAGCAGUACGGCACUACUGUACAGCAAGAGACUGAUUACUUUUCAGUUGCGUCAUAUCUUGAAAGCACGGUGUGAUCCUGUCCCUGCUGCUAACGGAGCAAUACGUUUCCAUUGUGAUCCCACCUUCUGGGCAAAGAAUGUAGUUAAUUUAGGUAAUCUAGUAAUAGAGAGUAAACCAGCUCCUGGUUAUACUCCUAAUGUUGUAGUUGGGCAAGUUCCUCCAGGGACAAACCACAUUAGUAAAACUCCUGGACAGAUUAACUUAGCACAGCUUCGACUCCAGCACAUGCAGCAACAAGUAUAUGCACAGAAACAUCAGCAGCUGCAACAGAUGAGGAUGCAGCAACCACCAGCACCUGUACCAACAACCACAGCAACAACCCAGCAGCAUCCCAGGCAAGCAGCCCCUCAGAUGUUACAACAACAGCCUCCAAGAUUGAUCAGUGUACAGACAAUGCAAAGAGGCAAUAUAAACUGUGGAGCUUUCCAGGCCCAUCAGAUGAGAAUGGCUCAGAAUGCUGCCCGAAUACCAGGGAUACCCAGACACAGUGGCCCUCAAUAUUCCAUGAUGCAGCCGCACCUCCAAAGACAACACUCAAAUCCAGGGCAUGCUGGACCCUUUCCUGUUGUAUCAGUGCACAACACCACAAUCAACCCAACCAGCCCUACUAUAGCUACCAUGGCAAACGCAAACCGAGGUCCCACCAGCCCAUCUGUUACAGCAAUAGAGCUUAUCCCCUCAGUUACCAAUCCAGAAAACCUUCCGUCACUGCCAGAUAUUCCGCCCAUACAGUUGGAAGACGCUGGUUCAAGUAGUUUAGAUAAUCUACUAAGCAGAUAUAUCUCAGGCAGCCACUUACCCCCACAGCCUACAAGCACCAUGAAUCCUUCCCCAGGACCCUCUGCCCUGUCUCCCGGAUCAUCAGGUUUAUCUAAUUCUCACACACCUGUGAGACCCCCUAGUACCUCUAGUACUGGCAGUCGAGGCAGAAAUCAUGGUCAUGUUAGAGAGGAAAUGGUGUUUGGAGACAAUCUUCUGGGGCACUCAUUGCUGCUGAAUCAGUCAUUGUUUCUAGGCUUUUUUGGAGCUAAGAAAGAGGGCUGUGGGUCAUCAGGGAGAACUGCCGAGAAGACAAGUCUUAGUUUCAAAUCUGAUCAAGUGAAGGUCAAGCAAGAACCUGGGACUGAGGACGAAAUAUGUAGCUUUUCAGGAGCUGUGAAACAAGAAAAGACAGAGGAUGGCAGGAGGAGUGCCUGCAUGUUGAGCAGUCCCGAGAGUAGCUUGACACCACCUCUCUCAACCAACCUGCAUCUAGAGAGUGAGUUGGAUGCAUUAGCAAGCUUGGAAAACCAUGUGAAAACUGAACCUACGGAUAUGAGUGAAAGCUGCAAACAGUCAGGGCUCAGCAGCCUUGUUAAUGGAAAAUCCCCAGUUCGAAGCCUCAUGCACAGGUCGGCAAGGAUUGGAGGAGAUGGCAGCAACAAAGAUGAUGACCCAAAUGAAGACUGGUGUGCUGUCUGCCAAAAUGGAGGGGAUCUCUUGUGCUGCGAAAAAUGUCCAAAGGUCUUUCAUCUAACUUGUCAUGUUCCAACACUUCUUAGCUUUCCAAGUGGGGACUGGAUAUGCACAUUUUGCAGAGAUAUUGGGAAACCAGAAGUUGAAUAUGAUUGUGAUAAUUUACAACAUAGUAAGAAGGGGAAAACUGCACAGGGGUUAAGCCCCGUGGACCAAAGGAAAUGUGAACGUCUUCUGCUUUACCUCUAUUGCCAUGAAUUAAGUAUCGAAUUCCAGGAACCAGUUCCUGCUUCGAUACCAAACUACUAUAAAAUUAUAAAGAAACCAAUGGAUUUAUCCACCGUGAAAAAGAAGCUUCAGAAAAAACAUUCCCAACACUACCAAAUCCCAGAUGACUUUGUGGCUGAUGUCCGUUUGAUCUUCAAGAACUGUGAAAGGUUUAAUGAAAUGAUGAAAGUUGUUCAAGUUUAUGCAGAAACACAAGAGAUUAAUUUGAAGGCUGAUUCAGAAGUAGCUCAGGCAGGGAAAGCAGUUGCAUUGUACUUUGAAGAUAAACUCACAGAGAUCUACUCAGACAGGACCUUCGCACCUUUGCCAGAGUUUGAUCAGGAAGAGGAUGAUGGCGAGGUAACUGAGGACUCUGAUGAAGACUUUAUACAGCCCCGCAGAAAACGCCUAAAGUCAGAUGAGAGACCAGUACAUAUAAAGUAAAAUGACAUGGACUUAAAUCACUUGUUUAGCAAAAAAGAAGAGAAGGAAAAAAACAAACAAAAAAACGUUUAUUUAAGUGUUGCUACCGUGGCCACCUUCUUGAAGCCGAUAGCUUUUACACAGUAUUAGAUUGAAAUAAUGGACAGAAAACACAUUCUUGUCAAAAAAGGGGGAAAGAACUUAAUUUGCAACUUUAAAAGUAAAAUCAAAAGGCAAAAGUGAAAUGAUACGAAGAUUUUUGUUACUAAAGAGGGUGGUUCUCUGGUUGUUAGAGACGAACAAAUGUUGAUGAUCAUGUGGUAUCGGAUGGUGCAGGAUACUGGUGUACUAGUAAAUACUUGAAGGUCAUGUCCCUGGAUAAAUUGUCUCUUUGGACUAGAGUGCAGUUAUUAAACAACUUUUACGCCUCCCCCACAACACACAGACAUACUGGGUUGUUUUCUACUUAAAAGUAGCUCAGAUUCCACUUCAAUGUCAAUUCAGAUGUUCACUGAAUCAUGCCAUCACUUUUUUUUUUCAUUUUGAUGCUGUUGGGCUUUAGUUUUUAUAUUGGUUUAAAGAGCUCAACAGUAGUUUCAUUUUCGAGUCAUACUUAGGGUCUAGGAAACAUCAUUGAUCAUCAUUUAAUCAACUUUAAUUGUUGAACUUAAGAGCAAGGUGUGGUUGAAAUAAAUAUAACUUUUCAGUAGUGGAUCAUGUACAUUUAUAGUAGUCAUUUCCAGAAAACUUUUCCACACAAGGACACUUCCCAGUCAAAUCAUCUGAUCAUACAGUUAUUCCCAUGAAAGACAGAAUGUUUGUUUUAAAAUUAAUCUAGUUUUCUGUACAUUUAAAUUUGCUUGAGAAGGCAACAACUGGCUUCUAUCCAGCCUUCCUUCAUAUCCGUGUUCUGAUAGACCACUAUUGGCAAACAAUAAUCUGUCAGCUACCAAAUGUGUAAAAUUUUCUGUAUUUCACUUUGUCUUAUUUGUAAAUAGUGAACUAAAACUUCUGGCAGAUCAGCAACAUUUGCUGAGGCUGUUUUUUAAGCUAAUGUGUAUUCUUACUAAUGUUCCUAUCAAGAAUGGAUUUGUAAUAUAUGCUGUCUAUUUCUAAUGUUCACGUUCAUAUUUUGAGGUUCUAUCUUAUUUUAAUAGAGAACAGACUUCUCAAAUAAAAUCUUCAGAAGCAGCUUAUUGAAAUAUCAGAAUAUUGAAAUAAACCCGGUGGGGUUAGAUUACUCAUCCGUCCACAAAGUGGGACAUUUGCAUGGACUGGGGGCCUAAAGGACUUAGAAGAGACCUGUAAGUAAAUCCUGAAAAUGAGCCGAUCCCCACUUGAAUGGUCACUGGAGUAAACCCACCUCUGCUACCCUGAUUACAGCACCUGAGGCAGACAAACGAACUUGGCUCUGGUUCAUUUUUCUUCUCUUCAUUUGUGAUGCUCAGAUCCCAAAAUGUGCAUUCUAGACUGUGUACAGGCUUCUCUUUUGUUGGAUUAAAAAUUUUAGUCCUACUUUUGUAUGGACACAUUAGAAUAUAAAGUGACCAAAAUAGAAGAAUUUGCCAUUAGAUAUUUUUCAGAUGUCAACAUAUUGUGGCAAAUCAUUUGCCUUUUUAAAAAUUCAGCUUAAGCAGUUCAGACAGUAGACUAUUCAGAAAAGAAAAUUAUUUGACAUAAUUGUUUAAGAGGUAAAUAUUUUUUAGUGCAUAUUAAAUCAAUAAAGUGCUCUAAAGAAAUUAUUAUACAAAUUCCUUUGGGUUGUUUUUCUUUUCUUAACAAGGGGCGGGGGUAAAGAAGACUAUGAUUCCAGCCUUCUGAUAAUGUAUUUAAACCGUAUUGCUUUUAUUGUUGCCUUUGACUUACUUUAUUCCCUGGCUUACUUUUAGCUCCUCUUUCAGUUUUUGUUAUAAAAAUAUACACACACAUAUAUAUACACGUAUAUAAAAACUUCAAAAAAUACACCAAGCUGUUCUAUCAUUUUACGCAAAUUUCAAAGUCCUAAGAAGAGUUUUCUUAUGAAAGGGGGAAAAUCAUUCAAAAAUGUUUUUUUUCCUAUGCCUUUAUCCCUCUUUCUCAUACAUUUUUUUUUUUAAGUUUAAAAGUAGACAUUUAUGAGGGGCACAUUUUUGGAAAACCUUCUAAAGUAAUGAAUAGGAGUAUAGCUUCCUUUUGUCAAACCUUUGAGUCCUAGUAUUUUGUACUUGCUCUUUACAAGAAUCCUUUUCAUGAUUCUUGAUGAUAACUCAUGAAUAGGUUCUGCCAUUUGGGGGGAGAAACAGAUUUUAAGUAAAUAUUUAUUAGGAUUUAGGGCCUCAAAAGAUAAUGUGUUCCCUUAAAAACAUUUCCAUGUUAGAUGGAGUUUUGUUUUUUGUUUGUUUCUUUUAAUUUAAGAUUGGUUCUUCAAACGCCACUUUAUUGUCAGCAUUUAGCAGGCUCCAUUUCUGAUACCAGAUGAUAUUUUAUACUGCUGAGGAAUUAGUAUUAAACUGAUAGCUAUCAACAAACCACCAUUAAAUGCAAGUGUUCACUUUAGAUUUUAUUGAAGCUUUUUUCUUGCACACUGAUCGCUGUGUUUCUAAGCUGAUUUUGUUCAGCUCUGUCUGAUACAGACUGUGGCAAAAAGUGCAAAAGCUUAAUUGAUAUCCUGAUAUCUUAUAGGUGUUCGUAUUAAUUUAUGCUUUAAAAAGACUAACAUUGACUAUCCGUCAAUACCUGAAGGCAGUUUGUUUUGAUACUCUUUUACAUUUGUAUUCUUUGUUAAAAAGGCAGUAUUUUAGUCUUCGGGGGCGGGGAAAGUCUGAUGUUUUUUUAAAAGCUUCCUAAAUUUUUGCCACACUUCAGUUUCCUUCUUCCAUCAGAAAACUAAGAACAAAAUGUUCCUUGAUCUGUUCUGCCGGCCUAAAUUUGUGUUUCUCAGCAUUUGGCUUGGAAACAUCUAACCACUACUACAGAGAAAGGAUUUAAGUUAUUGAGUCCACUGUUAAAAUUGUUAUUAUUUUGGAAUUAACAAGAUACUUUCUGACUUCCAUUUCUUAUGCAAGGGAAUUUAAUUUUUGAAAUCGGUUAAGUCUCACCUUUUGUUCUAACAGAUCUUGAGAUUUUUUUCGUUAAUCCAAAGAAAUAAUGCCUUUAAAUAGAACAUAAAAGUUUAUAGUGUGCAAAUUGUAGAUUUAUCAAUUACCUCAGCAGGUAUCCUGCCACGUAAUUAUUAGUGAAUAGUGUUAAUAAGCUAGUAGAUUCAGGUUUUCUGACUAUGCCCUUGGAUUGUGGCCUACCAUACAUUAUUGAAGGGUCACUUACCAUCCAAAAAGGGGGUGGAUGCUGUGUCUCCCUCUCCCUCGGCCUUUAAAUCCCUUACCUACCCCCACUCUCACACAACAUGUGAAGUAAAAAAAAUCCUGUUUCUUAUUGAAGUCAGCCUUGCUUAUUUGCAUACUCAGCAUUGGAUCAGUCAGUAGUUUUAUAAAAAUCUACCCACCCUACCACCCUUACUUAAAACAAUCAAAUUCUUAAUUCAUAUCAUGAAUUCUUAAUACAUACCGUAUACGUUAAUGAUCUGCUGAAGGUGAGAUACAGCAACAAGAUAUUUGAGGUGCAUCACAGUUUGAUCAUGUACUGGACUUGGAUUUUUUCUUUUAUUAUCUCCUCCUUGAAAAAGCAAUAACACUGCUUUAAGUUUGUUGCCUAAUAACAUGUCAUAAUCCUCCCCUUGAUGGUGAUUUUGUAGGAAAGUUUGUAUGCAUAUCACCCAGUCUAUCUUUUAAAAAUUAAGAAAUUAAAAUGUAUGCUGGAGCUAAUGACAAUAUAUUGUGGCAUUUUAUUUUACAAAUUGGGGAAAGUUGCAUAUUUUUUUAAAAGUAGGUGUUUGAGUAAAAAAAAAAAAAAUUGAAGGUACUUUUUUAAGAAAAAAAUUUAUAUGCCACAGUUUACAUAGACAUUUCAGAUUUCAACAUGUACUCUUGGAUAUAAUGGUCUCUUUUACUUGGUCAAAAUGCAUGUAUAGCAUUUCUUCCAUUUAGUUUCUUGUGUUUGCCUAUGUGGUCCUUUAUAUAUUUUUUAUUGUAUCUGAAAAACAAAAUCAUCUUCAAAAAUAGGUUAAUUUGGAUUUAUUUGUCAUGUUGAACUACAAAAAUGUACAAAAUUAAGUUUAGCCCUUUUUUAACAAGUGAUCUUUAAAAUUAAAGAUGCUGUUCUUUUAAAUUCACCAAAUUUGUAUAUGGGAAGGGACUGAAAUGAUUUUGUAAGUGCCACUGCAAUACUCCCUUUCAAAUGUGGCCUGAAUUUCAAUUUUAAGAAGGAAAUGCAUGUCUGCUCCUGUUCUGAAGAAUAGUAGGCAUUUACUAUGUUUAAAAACACAGUGAAACAUGUAUAUAAGCUUAUAAAAAAAAAAAAAAAGAUUUGUGCAA